AUGUCUGAUCCACACUCCGAGCUGCAAUCAAGUCUCCGCGGCUUGUCCAUCGGCGAAAAGGGACCCGUGCAUGAUAUCCCGCGACCAACCAUCCAGAAAAUCUCAACAUCCAAUUCCUCCACAUCGACCUCGAAGCCCCAAAAGACCGCACGCGAACCCAUCGCCGACUCGUGGGAGGACGAAGCCGACCUCUCUGGCUCGGACGACGACGACGACAAGCCCAAGCCCCGCGACGACGACUCCCCGUCUGUCCUCUCGCCCAGUAUCAGUGCCGAGGGCCCGCUCGAUCCCCCGCCUACCCCGAUCUCCCCGCAGACCUCGCAACCAUGGGUGUCGGGGGGCGUGACCCCCGCCGCGGCGCAGGGAGGUGGUCCUGCUCGUCGCCCUGAGAAACAAACUGCUGUUGCGGGUCGACUCAUUGCCGGGGCGUUGGGGAUCCGAGCGCCUAAGAGGACGGAGGAGCAGCGGGCUUAUGAUCGCUCGGUCAAGGAGCAGGAGAUUCGUCGUCGCAAUCGUGAGCGCGAGGAGCUGGCUAAGGCCAAGGAGGAGGAUGAGAAGUUGAAGGCUGCAGUGUGGACGGAUUAG